AUGUCGGAUAUCAUUAAUAGUACGUCAAGUGAUUCGUUAAAUGCUGCGGCAACAAUUCGAGUUCCUCAAGUGGUUCGUUUUUGGUAUUUCUUAUGUUGGGAUAUCUUAUCUUUGAGUACCACUCUAUUUAAUCUUUAUUUUCUACUUUUCGAUCGUACACUUCGACGUGCAUUUCAUAAUCACAUAUUUAUUGUUUUGCUUUUUAUUUGCUUGAUUGAUGAAAUAUUUACUGUACCAUGUUUUAUUCGUAAUGAUGCAACUACAACGCCUUGGCAAGCACCAUACGAUUUCUAUUUGUUUUGGGCUUUUCUCGAAUAUUUCCUUUAUUCAUUGCAAAUUGGUUUAUUUAGUUGGGCUACAGUCGAGCGACACAUUCUUAUAUUUUAUGAUCGAUGGUUAGGUACAAGCAAAAAACGUUUUCUUUUUCAUUAUUUUCCAAUCAUAUUCAUUAUCAGUUAUUCGUUAACUUAUCAUAUCAUAGUUUACUUUGGCAUUUCUUGUGAUGCAAUAUUUGAUGCGUUUCUUAAUGGAGGUCUCUAUGCUCCAUGUGCAUUUACGAGAACACCAUUAGGAACAUGGGAUCUCAUAGCUCAUCAACUGAUUCCAACUUUAACAAUAUUAAUAUCAAGUGUGGCUCUUAUUCUUCGUGUCCAAUGGCAAAAAACUCGUGCACAUCGGAUAAUUGAUUGGCGAAAACAGCGUAAAAUGCUAAUUCAAUUAAUAUCGACGUCAAUCAUUUACUUGUUAUUUAAUGCACCAUGGGUUGGAAUAAUAUUGGCAUACCAGUUUGGUUUACCAGGAAAUGUUGCAGUAUACGGUAUGGUUUAUGCAAAAUUUCUUUGGUAUGACAUUACCUUUCUCUUUCCUUUUGUUACCUGUUCAUCAUUGCCGGAAUUGCGGAAUAAAGCAAAACAAAAAUUGUUGUUUUGGAAGCAACACCGACAAGUCCAUGUAAUGCAAACAACCGUAACUCGCCGACAAGCUCCACGAAUUGCUGAGCAAGCCAAUGUAUCGCCUGUUGAUUCUUAA